AUGACACUAGGAACAAUAUCUCCAUCAUGGCAACAUGCAUUUUUUAAAGUACUUGGUGUAUUUGUUUCAAUAGUCGCUUCUCUCGCUUGGUUAACAACUAUCGUUACUUUAUUUAGUUUAUGGGCAGAAGAUGAUUUUGUUCGAUAUGAAUCUGACGAUGGUGAAGUAGUAUAUAUAUCUAAUGUUGGUGCUCGACACAAAUCAGUAUUCAUCGUUGGUACAGCGAUUACAGGGAUAUUAUUUGUUUUGACAUUGAUUUUUACUAAACUUUGUUUCGAUAAAGAAAAUAGACGACGAUUUAAGAGAAGUAUUUCAAUGGCGUCAAUUAUAUUUGGUAUCCUUUCUGGUAUAUCGCUUAGUCUUCUAGCAAUUUUGGAUUCAGUUAAUUAUAAAAUCGCACAUUAUACAUUUACGGGGUUAUUCAUUGCAUUUACUCUUCUUUCGGCGAUUUUUUCUAUUGUUUAUCGAUUUUCCCGAAAUGAAGUUAAUGUAGCGGUAAACAUCCGAGUAGUAUUUGUUUCUAUGGUAACUCCUUUGGUAAUUACUUUUGUUGUCAUGAGUUUAAUCAAACGAUCGGAUAAUCAAACACAAUUAAAAUCCGUAGCAGCUUCGAUUGAAUGGUCUAUUGCUAUAUUUUUUGUCUCAUAUUUAGCUGUAUUUGCUCUUGAUCUUUUACUCAGUAUUAAUCAUGAUUUAAAUAUUUGA